AGGAUUCGGCGGCGCAUUCACGACUUAAACAUGGCAGCGGCUACCAGCGUUGUCGUACUCGACAGAGGCAACAAUACCACCUGCACGAUUAAUUUACACGGAGCUACUGUGGUAUCCUGGAGAGUAAAUAAUCAAGAACAACUGUUUGUCAGUAAGCAAGCGGUAUUCGAUGGGAAGAAAGCCAUUAGAGGAGGCAUUCCAUUCGUUUUUCCACAAUUUGGAGCAUGGACGUUUGGGCCGCCUCAUGGUUUUGCUAGAAUCGUCCGUUGGAACGUAGAAAAGCCACCUGAACGUUUGCCGAGCGGUGACGUCGAAGCAAUUUUCUCUAUUAUGGACAGCGAAUUCACCCGAUCAAUGUGGAAUUACCCAUUCAAAUUGACAUACAGACUGAUACUUCGGGAAAAGGAACUACAUUUUAACAUUGGCGUAUACAAUCCUAGUAAAGAUCAUACGUUUAGUUUUAAUUUAUUGCUGCAUACUUACUUUAAAGUGCCAGAUGUUAGGAGAUGUCAAAUUACCGGCCUUCAUGGAUGCACGUUUAUCGACAAGACGAGAGACAACCAAAUUUUUCAAGAAGGUCGCGACGUAGUGACCGUGUGCGAAUGGACAGACAGAAUUUAUCAGAACACGCAGCCAGAACACAUCAUUACUAACGUCGUAUCCGGUAGGAAAAUGCGAGUACAAAAGUACAAUUUUCCUGAUACAGUGGUUUGGAAUCCGUGGCAGGAAAAGGCUCGUGAUAUACCAGAUUUCGGCGAUGACGAGUUUCCCAACAUGAUAUGCGUGGAAAGCGGACACGUCAGCAGCCCUGUUAUAUUACUUCCUGGAACAGCUUUCGAAGCUAGUCAAAUCUUACAGCCUAGGUUCUCGAUAAAUCUUUAAUUGUCCGGAUUACGCGUGAUUAUCACCAACGACCUUCACAACGAUUCACAAUACCUCUACCUUCGUUGUAUUGCACAGGAGUAUUAUUUAUGUUACAAGUAUUGUUUCGAGCAAGAUGGUACCUUAUUCUACGAAAUAACGAACCAUUUAUCCUAAACGAAGAAAAUUCUCUCAUUUUCUCAUCGCACGUUAGCUAACAUCGCAUGCACGUUCUACGAUCUAGCACUUGUUCGAAAGCAAUUGAUUAGCAACUGCCAAAUACAUCUAUUCUGUAUACUUAUACAACUUACUAUCUAUCUUGCACGACUAAUACUCGAAAAUAGGAAUUAACACCAAUAUUUUUAUGAUACACCAAGGAAUCUAAUAUGCCACGAAACGAAAGAAUACUAAUUUCGAUAAACGACAAUUUGUAAUUUAUUAUAAACAACAAGGAUAAAGAUUAUAGUGAAAUUGUGUAAUUAUUAAUAUCGACUGUAGCAGAUACUAUUUGCAGAUAUAAAGAAACGCGUUGAAUUUAACAAACAAAAACAACGACCUUCAUUUUCUUAAAAAUCCAUUCUAAAAUUAAAUGCUAUUAGAUUAUUUACGUAUUUUCAAGCUACAAAUGAUUCAUAUUAUCGCAGAAUCAGCAACAAAUACACCAAUAGUUUUCUUUCUGAAUAUUAAACUCUGAGUGCGUGUGUGUGUGCGUGUGUAUUUAUUUAUUUAUUUGCUUAUUUAUUUAUUUAAUCGUGAUAAUCGCCUCCUCUCGCAGUGCUAAUGAAAUUUCAAAACGUUCCAUAUGACAGAUAGGAUAACAUGUAAUACAAGCGAGUAUGAGAUGAUAGAGUAACCUAGAUAAAAAUAAAUAAAAAUUUUCGUCAGAGGCUUAGUUUUCGAAAAAACUGACUUUCCAAAUUUCUUCGACACAGAAAAGGAGUCAGUCGGAACACACGACAAGUACGACAAUGACAAUGACCUUGUUUUCGAGUAACAGCUUGCGCCUUCCUACCUUCUUUACGCAGACUUGGAGACAGCUCCUUUACCUACCUCAUUUACCCAUUUGAGAAAUUGCUCAAAAUGACCAGGCCCAGCUUCGGCGGAAGCACGAAUGCAUCGCAUCGCAUCGCAUCGCAUCGCAUCGCAUCGCAUCGCAUCGCAUCGCAUCGCAUCGCAUCGCAUCACAUCACAUCGCAUCGCAUCGUACAUUGUCGCUUAUACGGAUUUUCCGGAAACAUUGCUGACUGCCACGUUGACGACCAAACAGUUUUAACGGACAACCUCAAUGGACCUUUAUAUGUAAACAAGAGAUUUUAAAUGUCUCGAUAACCAAUGAUCGAAUGAAUUCAAACAAGGCCAACACGACUUAGAAGGAAAUCGUUGGUCUAAAAUCCAAGUAAUACCUAGAAUAGAGUAAUAAGCUGCGACUCGAGAACAAGCUCGUAUCGGACAUACACGUUUAUAUGAAUUUUUCUUCUUAUUUUAGCGCGCCGAAUUCUGUUUAGUUAACGAUCGGUCUAAUACACGCGUAUGAUAAACUUUCAAAUUUACUUUACUCAGAAACGAAAAGAAUCACUUUAUGUCCGCUUCUAUUCUGAAUAAUAAUUCAGCUUUGUAUUAAAUUUUGUAUGAAAUAAAUUGCGCGCUUAAACUAACAACUUUACUACAUGUGUACUACAUGUAUAUUGCUUUAAACACUUUAUUUCGAUGCUCGUAUUUCACCUGUUACAGAAACCUUGCGAACGUAAGUGUUUGGACACCUUUGUUAGCCACCUUUGUUAGCCACUUCUGUUUCAAUUUAUCCUUUUCCAUUGUACGAUUGCACUGUUUUUUCACAUUAAUACAUUCAAUAUAUGUGUGUUUGUUUAUGUGCGUAUGUACACAUGUGGGUAUACCUUGUUGUUGAUAGCGUUUCUUUCUGACUUUUCAAGUCAAUAUUUAUGUUCUGAUAUUAUUUAUCCGAUGCUGAUUCUACGAUCUUGUUCUUUUUAUCCAUAUGUAUUACCCAAUUGUACUCCUUGUACGAUUGUAUUAAUUGUAAAAACCGUUAACUUCUUCGCCAUAUUCAUUCGAGUAUUCAAUUCCGGUUAGUACCUUACUUUCGUACGUUCUAGCCUUGUUGUUUCGUGUUUGCAUUUAUGUACCUUAUUUAGAUACCCUUAGAUAUUUUUUAUAAUUUCUUCAGCCAUUUCUAUAGAUAUUCCUUGCCGAUAUGCUCGUGUAGUGCUUCUUCUGCCCAUUUUAUUUAAACAAAUUAAACAGAUCAUACAAAUUAUACAAAUUAAACAUCUCGUAAUAGUUUCAAUUAGCUAUUCUAAUAUUUAUACGAAUUACAUUACU